AUGACCAAACAAACAUCCUUGACUGAGUGGCAGCGGCUUGACGCCAAUACCCAAGGCGUCGACUUCGUCUGGGUGUUGUUCACAACAUACAUUGGCACCACCCUGGUUCGCAUGGUGCCCAAGCAAGCGUUCAAGCGAUUGUUGGAGACAAACCAAGGCAUUUCGGUCCCAAAGGUCGUACUUCAUCUUCUCCCCCACGAUGGUAUGGCGGACGGGGGAACGACAACGGGGUCAUUCCUUCUACACCCUGAUCUGCGAUCUCUAUCCCCCUACUUGCAGCCAAACAAGGCAGCGGUCAUGUCCACAUGGACCGAUAAAGAAAACAAGCCCCUGGGAGAGUGCGCACGCUCCAAGCUGGAUGCAUUGACACAUUCGAUUGAACAAAAGUCGAACUGCUCAAUCCUGGUCGGAUUCGAGCUCGAGUUCUCCCUCCUGCGAGAACAGAUACUGCCCAACGGACAAGUCGAGUACCAACCGGUGAAUGUUGAUCAUUCAUGGUGCACCAUGCCUCGCGAAGAUGAGCCUUUACUUGGCCUUCUAGAAGAAGUCGCCCUGGCUCUGCAAAACAUCGGCAUCAUGGUUCAGCAGUUCCAUGCCGAAUUAGCCCCCGGGCAAUGGGAAUUCAUUCUGCCCCCAGACUCCCCGCUCAAGGCCGUCGAUGCCCUGGUCCUUGCUCGCCAGGCCGUCAUGAAAAUUGCGAGCAAGCACGGAUACCGAGCGACGCUGCAUCCCCGGCUAUUACCUGAAACGCCCGGAACGGGCGCCCAUGUUCAUGUAUCGCUCAACUCCGAGCAAGCGGAUCUAUCCACAGUGGAAUCCUUCUUCGCUGGUAUCCUCGACAACUUCACUGCCAUAUCUGCCUUUACACUUCCGCAAGAAAUCAGUUAUGGCCGGGUUGUUGGAGGCAUCGCGAGUGGGGGGAACUAUGUGUGCUGGGGAUGGGAAAACAAGGAGACCAUCUUGCGGCGGAUCUGCAGUAACCGGUUUGAAGUGAAGAUGAUGGACGGACUGGCCAAUCCGUAUUUGGCAAUUUGUGCGUUGCUUGCAGCUGGUCUGGAUGGGUUGCUUCAGGGCUCGUCUCUAAGAGCAGGUCCUUGUCUUAUCGAGCCUGGCAAGAUGUCGGACCAGGAACGAGAGGCCCUGGGUAUCAAGGCCAAGGUACCUUGCGGGCUGACUGAGAGUCUUGACAAUUUGGAGGCGAAUGAACGCCUCACCCAGGCUCUGGGUGGUUCCCUGGUGUCGACGUACCUUAACAUUAAGAGAUGCGAGCUGAAGGCCGUGCAACGCAUGACUCCUGAAGAGCAACGAGCGUGGUUCAUUUCGCGAUAUUGA